GACUGGAAGGGCUAUGAAAGUGACGACGGCUUGAUGUAGGAGGGGGUGUUUACAGAAGGCUCGAGAAGUGUUUUUAUUAUUUUAAAAGAGUGGCACACCAAAGAUUUCACAGCCAAAAUGCUCUGCCACGUUACUCGGCCGGAUUCUGUGGUGAUGGAAGUGGAAGUUGAUGCGAAGGCAAACGGUGAAGACUGUCUGAAUAAGGUUUGCAGAAAGUUGGGCAUAAUUGAGACGGACUACUUUGGGCUGCAGUUCACAGGCAGCAAAGGGGAGAACCUGUGGCUGAAUCUGAGGAACCGCAUCUGCCAGCAGAUGGAUAACGUGACGCCCUGUCGACUGAGGCUGCGGGUCAAGUUCUUCGUGGAGCCCCAUCUCAUUCUGCAGGAACAGACGAGACACGUCUUCUUCAUGCACGUAAAGGAGGACCUCCACAACGGUCACCUACGUAUGGGCUCGGAACAAGCGGAAGAGCUGAGCGCACUCCUGGCACAGGCCGAGUUUGGCGACUACAACCAAAACACAGCCAAGUACUGGUACACAGAGCUGUGUGGAGAGGAGCCCAGCACUGCAACCAUCAACAGUAUCGUAUCCAGACACAAGGCUCUGGAGGGUUUGAGCCAGGGCUCAGUGGAGUAUCAGGCCCUGCAGCUGGUCUCCUCUCUGGAGCAUUACGGCGUGGAGUGGCACUGGGCUCGCGAUGCAAAUGGUCAACGGUUGGCCAUAGGAGUCGGCCCUGAGGGUAUCGCCAUUUGCAAGGAGGACUUCAGUUUAGUCAACAGAAUAAGCUAUCCAAUCAUCCAGAUUGCCACCCAGUCGGGGAAGAGCGUGUACUUGACAGUUACCAAGGACACGAGUGACAGCGUGGUGCUUUUGUUCAAGCUGAUCAGUAACCGGGCAGCCAGUGGUCUGUACCGAGCCAUUACAGAGACCCACGCCUUCUACAGGUGUGACACAGUUACUAAUGCGGUGAUGAUGCAGUACAGCCGAGACUUUAAGGGCCACCUAGCUUCCCUCUUCCUCAACGAAAACAUCAACCUGGGCAAGAAGUAUGUGUUCGACAUCCGACGCACCUCCAAGGAGGUUUACGACCACGCCCGCCGCUCGCUCUACAACUCCGGUGUCGUGGACCUGGGGUCCGGCAGCGACGGACGCUCCUCUCCUUCACGCUCCCCGAGUCAGGACGACCAGCCGGACGACGGGAUGGACUGCGGCAGCUGCCAGCAGAGCCGAGCCCUGCAGGAGCGGCUGCAGAAGCUCAGAGAGGCCCUGUUGUGCAUGCUUUGCUGCGAGGAGGAGAUAGAUGCUGCGUUCUGCCCCUGCGGACACAUGGUGUGUUGCCAGACCUGUGCAAAUCAGCUGCAGAUGUGUCCCGUGUGUCGGUCGGAGGUGGAGCACGUGCAGCACGUCUACCUGCCCACCUGCACCAGCCUGCUGAACCUGACGCUGACCGACAACCACCAACACCGCAGCAGCAUCCCCGCACCCAUUCACAGAGAAAUGGCCUCUCCUCACAGCUGCUCUACAACAGAGUACGACCACAAGAUCUACCAUGCAUAGACGACUUCACCGGACACUCAUCUUAGAAGGAACAUUUAUCAUCCGUCUGUGUUUCCUGUCUGGACUCCUUGAACUACCAAACAUAGAGAAACUCCUGAGCAUAUUCAAAGAUCGACACACUCAAACCCCUCCCUCAGUGUGUGUGUGUGUGUGAAUGUUAUUUACCAUCGUCCCUUUGGACGUCAGUUUGUCUGAGUGAUUGUUUGCAUGUCAUUCUGUCCAGAUCUUGUUUGUUUUAUACAGCCCCUGCCACAAGAUUUAGUUUUUAGUUUAGGCUCUCGUUGUCUUUAAAUUAUUGCAUCAGUUGACCUGAUACAGAAUAGACACAUUUGUUUUUGAAUUUGUGUGUCAGGCUCCUCUCCCCAGAACCUAAACCAUAUGAUGACUCUUGUGUUUUAGAAUAGCUAAACACUGUACAUAAUGGAGGUUUUUUAUAUAUAUAUUUUUAAUGCUUCCUGAAAUUUUAAAGCUUAUGUUUUUGAUUUGAGAGCUGAGUUUUAUUGUGUUAGAGUGAAAUGCUUUUUUUCUUUAUUAAGAAAUAUUAUUUCAUUUCUUGUUUGUCAUGUUCCAUGUUGUCCACGCCAAUAAGGGGGUAUUUAGAGGCUAAGCAGCGCUGCUCUGGGUAUAGCAUUGCAUACUAAUAAGAUACACCAGGCACUAAGACCACCAUGGUCCCAUUCUUGUCGUCUCUCAGUUCAAUGGGGUUCUUGAAGGUUUUUUUUUUUUUUUUUUUGAGCCCACCAGAACUGAGCUUGAACAUGAAUGCAGCACCUUGCUGACACUCACUCGGCCUCCUUCACGUUGGAACGGGUAUUGUUGAUUAACUGCCACUUGUCCAAAAGAACAAGCCUGAUUUCAUAGACUGAUGCACCUUUUAUCUCAAUGCCAACAAAGUAAAAAAUGAUGAGCACAAAAUGCUCUUCUACUAGAUGCAGUGCCACAACGUUAUAAACAAAGACAAAUAGGAAUGUGUCCAACAGCAGCUGCUUCCUCUGAAAACCUCUGCUGUAGAUUUCUCCUCUGGGGUGUACUAGUGAGUUGAUCAUUUUUAAAGUGUACAAGGAGAUCUGUCUGUGCAAUACUUGCUUUGCUUUUUGAAAAGCUUUUCAUUUUCAAGUUUUAUUUAAUUUCAAAGACUAUAUUUAAGUAAAAAAACGACAUUGUCACUUUACCAAGGAAGUUUUCCACGUGUCUGUAGGGGGUUUUGCCUUAAUGUAGCAUCAACACCGUGUUUAUUAUAGACUUUCCACAGACUUUUUUUCUGGUAAGAAAAGGAAAACGUUUAUUUCUUUUAAUGCUGACUCGAUUAAGCUCAGUCACUGCAGGGGAAGGACUUUUAUUUUUCACAUUUUACAAGUAGUGAUUUGUUUCUGUUUUCUGAAGCAAAAGCCACUAUUCUCUGUAAAACAAAUAACUCUGAAUUAUAUCCUUUUUUAUAUAUUCUGUUUUUAACAAAAGAGAAAGUAUUAAUAAAGUUGUUUUUUAAAAAGACUUUAUUUCGGGAACAUUUUUUAUUGU